UGCUAGGGUCUGGUGUCUUUACUACAAAUCCCAUAGGUCCGAGGGUGCCGCAGUGACUUCUGGGAUCAGUGGUCUCGUAGAAGGGCGCUAGCGGAAUGGCUUCCUUUGGGUGGAAGAGGAAAAUUGGCGAGAAGGUGUCCAAGGCCACGUCCCAGCAGUUUGAAGCUGAAGCAGCUGAUGAGAAGGGUGCAGCUGAGAGUGAGGAUGGGAACUGGCUCCACGCCAGCAAACGGAGGAAGGAAACCCUGCAGGAAGGCUGUAAACAGAGGAGUAAGCAGCUGAAGGACGAAGGGGCUCAUCUGGCUGAAAACAAACGGUAUCAGGAGGCGAUUCGGAAGUGGGAUGAAGCACUCCAGCUAACCCCCGAGGACGCCACCCUUUAUGAGAUGAAGUCACAGGUCCUGAUGUCUCUUCAUGAAAUGUUUCCAGCAGUACAUGCGGCGGAAAUGGCUGUCAAGCGUAACCCACACUCAUGGGAGUCUUGGCAGACUUUAGGUCGAGCUCAGCUUGGAUUAGGAGAGAUAGUCCUGGCAAUUCGAAGUUUUCAAGUAGCCCUGCACAUAUAUCCAAUGAACCCUGAAAUAUGGAAGGAAGACCUUUCUUGGGCCAGAAAGCUCCAGGAACAGCAGAAGGUAGCACAGAGGAUUGAAAAAAAGGAAAUUCCACCGGAAGGACCAGACCUCUCACCAGGGGCGAUCCCUGACUAUGACUUUGAGAGCGAUGAGAUCGUUGCUGUUUGUGCCGCUGUGGCGGAAAAACAGAAGUCAGCGUCUGCAAAUAAAACAAUGGUUAUUGUGUCAGCUUCUGGGACAGUUGAGAUAGUAAACGAGAAGGAAGAGGGCUCUUCCGCCCCAGAUGGCUCUGUCUUUAUCAAAGCCCGAUGAAGCCAUACACAAUGAAAAGGUGUUUGAACCUUUUCUUUCUUUCUUUUUUUUUUUCGGUUGCUACUUAAUGCUUAGAUGAUUGACAUAGGCAUAUGUACUCUGGAGGAAAAGGGAAAAAAGAUCCUGUUUUAAAGUGAGUUUUUUAGAUGAUACAUACCAGAAUCAAGUUGUGGAAUUAUUCUCAGUGAGUGGACUGUGUUAUAUACUUAAGGUUAGCAUCUUAGGUGAAAUGUGUUUUGAUGAGAAGCAUUUGACUUGACCUUAUGGGAGUUUCCUUAAAGCCGCAGUUUGGAAAGGAUGUUCUUGAAUAGUGUAACUAGACAGGCCAUUACUGCAGUGCCCACAUGGAGACUUUGCUUUGUGAUAGAGGAAGUGUGCGGCUUCUUCCCUCCUGUGAAUCUGCUGCUGUCAUCCCCCCAUUUUUCUUGCUUCACUGGUGUAAGUUUUCAUCAAGAUGAAUAUUUCUGACGUUCAUUUGGAUUCAACGUUAUCACUGAAUAUGUUAUAUGUGAAUAUUUGAAAUAUUUUGAAGUUUGCCUAAAAAUGCAUGCAGAUGUAUAUGUCCUGAACAUUUCUUUGAAGAUUUUGUUCUUGUUGUCCUAAUGUUCUAAUUUGUGCUUCCAUUUUGACUGAAGUUAAGAAGUGGUAAGUCCCUCAGUACUUGGUAACCAGAUACUGGUGUGUCAGCGACGGACUCGUCUUCCUCUUCAAGAUGGAGUCAUCUUUACCAUAAGUCAGUCCUUUGUAAAGAUGGAUGGCAUUUGCAGAUCAUCUGUCAGUAAAGUCUACUCCUGCAUUAUCCUGAUCAAAAAAGAGUUUCUUUUCCUUUUUCUUUCAGUGGGGAGGUUAACCUAAACUAGCCCGCUGGAUUAGCACCCGCCACUGAGCUAGAUCCUCAUACCUUUUGUUCUUAUUUUUGAAAGUAUGAAGAACCUUGAAAACCUUUUUUCCCUUUUUGGCUUUUGUUUUUUAGCGACAAGUUCUUACUUUUAGCCCAUGCAAGCCUCAAGGUUAUCUUCCUGACUCAGCAUCUAGACUGCUGGGGAUACAAGUAUGAUCUACUAGAGCUGACUAAUACUUCUUGCUUGCAACUUUAUAGUGCACAAUUUAAAAACAUCUUUCUAAAUAGCUUUUUGGGGAACUAUACAGUGAAAUGAAAAUAAAUAGUUACAAGUUCAAAUCACUAUCAAAUCUCUUUAAAAGUAAAAAGACAAAGUUAUUAGAGUGUCAGUAUGUGACUGACAGACAAGCAAGGAGCUGGAAUGUGAUUAAUGUAUAAUCCCACAAAUAUGAGAUGGAUACGGUAAGGAAGAGUUCAGUGCGUGGUGUGGUAGCUAAUGCCUAUAAUCCCAGCACUGAAGAGGCUAAGGCAGGAGAGUUGUAAGUUCAAGGCCAGCCUGGGCAACAUAGCAAGCCCCUUGCCUCAGAACAAAGCAAAAACAGUCGAAAAAUAAAACAACUCAAGAAAAAGUUUAUUAGAAAUUCUGAGUCACGGUCACAAACCAAUGCUAUUGCUGUGAAUUACUGUUUUUAUUGCAUAUAUUAUAGUACAAACAUAUGCGACUGUCAGGUGCUGUUCAACUCUGAUACUCAGGCAGUUAUGAUUGAUGUAACAUUUUCUUUUAGAGAUAAAAGUUAUCUCUGUUGUAUUAUGUAAUCUUAGCAAAAACUGUUGAGACAUAUAAAUAUGGUCUGUAUUUUUAUGAGGAUGAUAUUUUUGAAAGUAUUUUAACGGAAUGUUCUCUAGUUUUUCUUCCAUAGUUAGAGAAUCAGCAGUUUCCUUAAGUAUUAUAUUCACCCCCCCCCAAUUAUAUCUUCAGAUAAUUAGCCCCAGGAUAGCAGAGAGUUUUAGAAUGAUUAAAAAAAUAUUUUGUUAAAUAACAAGGGAUAUUCUCAGAGAAUAGCUAGAUGCCUAGAGAAUUGAAUAUGUCACAUUUGAUAUGUUACAUACAAAUGUCUGUUUACUAUAUGAUUUGUGAAUAGUUUUCCAUCUGUGUCUUGGAGAGUUUCCUCUUAGAUUUUGAAAAUUAGAUUUGUAUCUUUUUUUUUUAAACACUUUGCACGUUUCCUCAUACAUGCUUGCUAGCUCCAGGAAGAGCUUGUCUUAGUUAGGAAUAUUUCUUCUCACUUCUUCUGAAUUUUGGAAAGAUCUUUAUAGUCUUAUCUGAACUUACCGCUUGUGAUACUGAAAGAUGGUUGUCAGUUGGAGAUUGUUCUUGGCAUAGAGUCUGUGCCUCAAGUCCCCGCGUGGCCUGCAUGUCGCUCCCCACUGACGAUCCUGUUGUUCAACUGUACUGGCUGGUAUUGGUGGGCCAUGCUAGUCCUCUACUAUCCAGGUAUAAGACACAAGAUAGAUGUGAGAUGGGGGCAAGGGAGAAUGAGUUAUGAAGAGGAAGGAAAGGUUCAUUUACCAAAAGGUGAAGAACCUUCCAUGCAGGAAGAGAAACACACAUCUGUUAAUUUGCUGUGGUAUGAGCAACAAUAUAUAAAAGUUCACUAAGACGUUAAUUCUAAUAAAACUCAAAUUUUAUGAAUCUGGAGAAAAUGAUACUCAUAACAAUAUAAUUAUGUUUAAUAAAUGAUCAUAAACAACAGCAUUAGUGAUAGAAUUAUAUUGACCAUGGAUUUGUGUUGUUCUGGCGUCAAAUUGUAUGGUGUAGAUACUUACUCGAGCAUUACACAUUGAGACCAUUCUGGAAAACUUGACACUCAUGUUAAUCUCUCAGAUGCAGGUGCCUAGUGUAUAAAACGUUGUAUCGUAAAUAUCUAACAGUAUGGGAAAGUUAUGAGGGAGACAUAACUCACAUCUGCUGCAGCUGGACAAAACAGGCUGCUGAUGGCAUAAACAUGUAAAUAUUUUAAAUUGCUAUUAGCUCAAACUAAUGAGGGGUUAAAAGGAGUUAUCUCAGAAAACUGGUAUUUUCAUGAUUGUAGCUGGACAGCUCAGCCUCUGUCAGUUUGCAGGUUAUACUUUGCACGGUUACUCACAGGCCGACUUCACUUUCCCAGCACUAAGAGAAUUAAUUAUUAAUCAGCUCUUACAUUUCCUUCAGUCAGAAAGCCUUCAAACCGCACUCGGUAGCAGACAUUCUAGGCUGGGUUUCAUGACGCGGCAUGCGUCUAAAUGAGUUCGGAGUUAACACAAGAACCGUGAUCAUCGUCUUCCUUCAGUGUGUGUGCUGAAAUGGGAUUUUCUGAGAUGAGAUGAGUUUAUGAUUGUCGGCACUGUAGGCUAGAGAAGCUCACUUCUACCGCCAGUAAUAAAGCACGACACUUUAUAAAUUACCUCUUUACCGAAGUCAAUUUAAGUGAAAUGAAGAUUUUUUUAUCUGAAGUUGUGUCCCCUAGCCACAUGCAGAAUUGAAUAGGACUAUUUGAAUGAAUGCAGGAGCUGUGGUGGCCCUUUGGCUAGUACACAGUUCCUUAGUAAGUGUUACUGUGUGGUACUUGGAGGGUGGUGGGGGACUGGUCAAUGUGAACGGACUUUGUUGGGGAAGGCAGGUUAGGUAGGAAUGAAUUCCUUUCAUCUUACUUCUUAGCAAGUCCAUUAACCAAGGAAUCCUGGUCUGCCACCCACCUCCUGGGGCGAUGAAGGACAGGAUGUACUGGUCAGUCCCUUUCUCCUGUUCUCUGGGUUGGUCAUGUCUCCUCCAUCUGCUUUGUGAAGGGGAGCAGUGAAGAGCUGGUGGGUGUGGGGAGGAUGAUGCCUGUGCUUCAGAGCUGCCAGUAGGUCUGUGAGGUCUCUCGUUAUAACCUUAGGUUCAGUAUUACCUGGCCAUUAUAUGCAGUCAUUGGGCAGUCCCCAGGUCUUCUCUUAGGUAGUUCAGAGGCCACAAGGACACCUUUAAAUGCUAGUAUUUGCUUUGGACUCAUUUAGGAUCCUUUAGGACCCCCUUAAAUACUAAUAAAGAUUGAGUAUAUUUUAAAGUAAGCAUGAAUUUUAGAAAAACACAAAAUGUAGAAAUCCUAAUUUUUGCCUUUUUUUUUAAGUUGUGGAAAUUUUAUUGAAAAUGAACAACAGGAUGACUUGCCUACCUUUGCGGAAGGUCUACUGCUUGGAAUGGUAGGAAGCCAGAAAGGUGAAGGGAGGAAUGUGGAGCGAGGUACAGUGUCCUGUGCUCACUUUUGUGACGACUGAGAGUUAUCGCAUCCCCACUGGCACUGCCACCAUGAGGGGUUCCAUAUCCACCCAAAGUCUCCACACAUUUUAAGCUCUCUGGUUCACCUCCACCCCGGUACGCUCUCUGCUUCCUGUGGCUGUAAGUUAGACGUUAUUUUUAUAGAACUAUAAAUAAAUAAACAAACAGACAUACACUAUGUACUCAUGCGUGUUCGAAGUUCUUCAUGCUCAGUUGAUCCGUGGUGUUGCUCGUGUCAGUGAUGUUUCCUGCUCCUUAGUAUUCUCUUGUAGCAGUGUACAACCGCUUAGCUGUUGGUCACGAUGGGCAUUCUGCUGUUUUGCUUUAUUGUGAGUAAAGCUGCUCUCUACAAAUUAUUCAUUCUGUUAUAGACGCACUGCUUACUGUAUCCUAAGUGAUUAAGGCCGACCCCUGCUGUAUGUGGACCGUAAUAUGAAACCUAAAAUCUCCCUAACUGUUUUCCAAAGUUACCCUUCCGUUGUGUUCAGCAGUUGCUGGACCGUGCUCGUUUUCUCACCCCUCUGUCAGUCUUGGCAUUGUCCAUCUUUCUCGGUUAGCCGGGCUCAUGGAUGUUGUGUUCUGGUGAUGUGGGGCUUCAUUUCUUCCUUUUUUCCCUUUUUGACACAGGGUCAUGUGUUCUACUAAGCCAGCUUUGAACUUGCAGUGUAGGUGGCGAUGAACUUGAACUACUGAUCUCCCUUUUUUCCUCCCUUCAGGUUUUGAGAUUAUAGGUGGUGUGGACCAUCACACCUGGUUCAUACGAUGCUGGGGAUUGAGCCCCGGGGUCGGUAAGCACUUCCGGUUGACCUGACUCCCAGUACCUGGUGCUGUUUUUUGUGAAUGUUCUUGGCAUUAUCUUUUGGGGAGAAGUAUAGAUCCAAAUUUCCCCAUUUUAAAUUUUGAUUUCCUUACUCAGUUGUAUAACUAACACUGGAUAAGAAUUCCUUAUGAGUUACUGUUGUGAAUAUUUUCUCUCCCGUAGUUUUCUUCAAACACUAUUCAGAAAGUAGACACUUUAGACUUUGAUGAAGGCCAGUAUAUACAUUUUUCUUUUCCUUUUUCAGUUGUACUUAUGUGGUGAGAGAUCCUCUAAGUCACAAAGAAUUUCUAUAUUUUCUACUAUAUAUUUUUAGUUUUAGCUUUUUGUGACUAGUUUUGUUGUUUGUUAAGUUCAUUUUAUAUGUAUUUAUAUGUAAUACAUAGUAAAAAUUGAGGUUCAGUUUUUGAUGUCUAGCACUGCUCAUAGAAAAACAAUUUGUCUCUACCUGACAUAGGCUUAUCUUGUACUUGGGAGCAGAGGCACCGUUGUGGCUUCCAGGACAGCUCAAAUAAUAAGCAAGUAUAUAUGUAAAUAAAUAAAUAAAUAAAUAAAUAAAUAAAUAAAUAAAGUAAA